CCCAUUGCUAAAAUUCGAUUUUCUGAAGUCAUAUAACAACAGCAGAUGUCUUGUUAGAUUUGUUUCAGCAUAUUUAAAAACAUACUAAACGUAAUGGUAGCUGACGAACUUCCAGGUACUUGCAACUUUGUCAUGAAAGCAGAUGUCAUGGUAUUUAUCGUGAUUCAUCAAGUGUAACGUGAAACAGCUGGUCACUUCUUUGUACUUCUCGAGUUGUUCUCCUGGACUUUGCUGUGUGUGCAUGUGAAGCAGAGGCUUUCAUACAGGACCAUCUUCAUUGAACGAUGCAAAAUGUACCUGCUAUUUGUCAUCACUCACCAAACACAGCGCCAAAAUCUUCAUAUCCUGCUGCUUCCACGCCAGCCAUCACUUGCUGGGUGACCAUAUGGCAAAGCAGAGUGAAGCUGGAUGGAUACAAGUCAAACUGAGCAAUGAAGUACCAUCAAACACUGCCUUUCAACCAAUCGUCAAAGGCACCUGUGGCAAAGGGCGUGAAAGUGAUCGGGAGAAAGAAGGAUGAUGAUGAUAGGAUCGAUACAGGUGAAGAAGAAUGGAUGCAGGGAAAGACUCUUGUAAAGCCCCCAGACCAGCUGGACUUAACCGAGGCAGACCUGAAAGAAGAAUUUACACGAAUACUAACAGCAAACAAUCCACAUGCUCCACAGAAUAUCGUCAGAUACAACUUCAAAGAAAGCUGUUACAAGCCCAUCAGCAGUGUGGAUCAGAUGGCUGUUCACUUUGUAUUGGAGGGGAACCUUGUGCAUAAGGAUUCUCAUGAGGCUCGAAGACAGGUGGCUAAACAAGGCGUCACAGAGGAUAUGAUAGUAGAGGAUGUGGUUGCUGAAGAGGAACAACCUGAAACACCAGUACCAGGGCAGUUGGAGGGAGGAGAGGAUACGGCUGAAGGGGAGGAUAAUGGUGGCGAGGAGAGGCCAGACAGUGUGGAUAUCAGAGCUGGCAAGAAAGAACAGAAACUCACCAACCAGUUUAACUUCAGCGAGAGAGCCUCUCAGACUCUAAACAACCCUCCAAGAGAAAGAAGUUGUCAAACGAAACCUCCUCCUCGUGCACACUUCUCAGCAACAGCCAAUCAGUGGGAAAUAUAUGACUUUUAUGUAGAGGAACUUCAAAGGCAGGAGAAAAAUAAAGAGAAGCAAAAAUCUCAGCCUUCAAAGAAAGAAGAGGAUAAAAUCAAGAAGAAGAUGAUCACUGUAGAAACUCAGAGUGAUGACAUAACCAAAAUAGCUAAGGUGUCCAAGAUCAUUGAGCAUAUGGUAAACCAGAACACAUUUGAUGAUGUUGCACAGGAUUUCAGGUACUUUGAAGACGCAUCCGAUGAGUUUCGAGAGCAGGAGGGCACUCUUCUCCCUCUGUGGAAAUUUCAGUAUGAUAGAGCCAAACGUCUGUCUGUGACUUCCCUCUGCUGGAAUCAAAAGCACAAGGAUUUUUUUGCAGUUGGCCUUGGAUCAUAUGAUUUCACCAAACAGGGCCAUGGAAUGCUCCUCUUCAACUCCCUCAAAAACCCCACAUACCCAGAAUUCAUCUUCACCACACUCUCCAGCGUCAUGUGUGUAGACAUCCACGAAAAUCUUUCCUACCUGGUGGCUGUGGGGUUUUAUGAUGGUUGUGUUGCAGUGUACAACCUCAAGGAACACAGCGAUCAGCCAGCUUACAUGAGCACAGCCAAAACAGGCAAGCACACAGACCCUGUGUGGCAGGUGAAGUGGCAGAAAGAUGAUCUGGACAGUAAUCACAACUUCUUCUCAGUGUCAUCUGAUGGACGGGUGGUGUCUUGGACUCUUGUGAAGAAUGAGCUAGUCUUCACAGAUAUCAUCAACUUGUCUCUGGACAGCACAGCUUGUGGAACUGCUUUUGACUUCCAUAAACAGAUCGACUACCUUUUUCUUGUUGGCACUCUGGAUGGAAAGAUUCACAAGUGCUCCAAAUCGUAUUCUAGCCAGUUCCUGGAGACAUACGAUGCCCACAACAUGGCGGUUGAUGCUGUGAGGUGGAACCACCACCAUCCCAAUGUGUUUAUCUCCUGCAGCUCAGACUGGAAAGUCAAAAUCUGGGAUCAAACAAUCACGACACCCAUGUUUACCUUUGACCUGAACGCUGCAGUGGGAGACGUGGUCUGGGGUCCAUAUUCCUCCACUGUCUUUGCUGCUGUCACUAAUGAUGGAAAGAUUCACGUGUUUGACCUCAGCAUCAACAAAUUUGAGGCUCUCUGCCAGCAAGCAGUGGUAGCUAAGAAGACCAAGCUAUUACACAUCGAGUUCAACCCCGUCCACCCAAUCCUCAUCGUGGGCGACGACCGUGGCUAUGUCACCAGCCUGAAGCUCUCUCCCAACCUCCGCAAGAAGCCUAAGGAGAAGAAGGGCCAGGAGUUGCCGAAGGGUCCAGAGGUGGAGAUCGACAAGAUGGAGAAACUGUUGAGUUUGCUGAGGGAGUCUGGGAGCAAUCAGGUUUCACUGCAUGAUGGGAGAAGAGCUGGCAUGGAUGGAUGGAGGCCAGCAUGAGUAAACAGCCAACAGGACGGUUGCUGGUCUGGCAGAAGCUGCUGGGUGCUUAUCCGUCUGUGUGACCUUCUCUACCUGCACAUCAAGAUCUGACGUCUAAAAUGGGAACUUAAAGGGAUACUUCAGCCAAAAAUGAUUUGAAAUUGUUCCAAACCUGUAUACAUUUGUUUUGCCGAACAUAUAGGAAGACAUUUUGAAGAAUGUCAGACCCAUCAUUUACUGCCAUAGUAGGGAAAAUAAAUACUUUGGGAGUCAAUGGGGGGUUGAGAUUUGACAAUCUUCCAGAUAUCUUUCUGUGUGUUCAGCAGAACAAAGAAAUGUAAACAGGUUUGGCACAUUGUGAGGGUGAUUAAAUGAUGACAGAAUUUUAAUUUUAGGUGAAGUAUCCCUUCAAAGAACACAGCAGCACAAUUUGAAAGCAAACCUUUAAAAUCAAACUACGACCAUUUACACGGUAAAGCUAAGGAUUAUUUAUGAGUGUUUUAUUAAUGGAGUGACUAAAAACUUCCUUUCUCUGCCUGUGGCUGCUUAAUAAAAUUAAUUCUCUGUUUUGUGAAUAAAAGGUAGAUCCAGAGAUUUGGAGCUCCUGGUUAAUGUGAUGAUUUGCUAGAAGGCCUCAUUGGAGAGUUUGUUUACACAUGAACAUCUGGCUGUAUUUUUGCUCCUUUAUUUUCUCACAUUUUGCUUACAUUUUUGGAUUUGUUCUUAUUCAUAACAGAAGACUCUCUGCAUUCUAAAG